AAAUUAAUGGAACCGAACCGGGAUCAAAUUGGAUAUAAAAUUAAUUAGGAUAUUAGCCAAUUCUUAAUUUUGUUAUCUGAACCAUUAAUCUGAACCGAAUCAAAAUCGAAACAAAUUGUAUAUCUAUAAAACUGAAAACAAAAAAACCAAAAACUGAGACACCCGAACCAAACCAAUACUUGAAAUGCCCAUGCCUCCUUAACAAGAUAGAUCGAAUUGAAGAACCAAAAUUGAGAAGCGAUUUGGGCUAACUACUCACAGCUUAUACGACGUCGUUUACCUUUGGAAUACACAUCCCGCCACAUUGAUCUCUCUCACUCACUGACGGCAACCAUAGAAGAAAAGCAAACCCUACUUUUCAUUCUCAAGGUUCCUCCCACCACCACCACCACCCACAUGUACGUUUCUUCUUCUCCUGCAAUUAAAUUAGCUUUCUUUGGUUUUCUCCGGCUAAGAAUCUUAAAGGGAACCUCUCACGAAUGUAAUAAAAGGACAAGACUUUUGUACUGUUCUGCAAUUAGACUAUGUCGAUCCUUCUAAAAAACCCUAUUGGUUCUUGUAAUUGUUUUAGGCUGUAAGUGUUGUUGAUCUCUUUGUCCGAAAAAGAGAUGGAAGAUAUGUUCAACCGUCUGCCAAACCCUCUGAUAUCGCACAUACUCUCUUUCCUCCCGACAAAGGAAGCAGCUUCCACAUCGGUUCUCUCCAAAAGGUGGCGUCUUUUGUUUGCCUCCGUGACAAAUCUUGAUUUCGAAAGCGAUGAAGAGAGUCCAAGCUUUGUUGAGUUUGUGAAUAGAGUGUUGGCUUUGGGAGGGAAUGAUUCAAUAAACAGAUUCUCUCUCAUCUUUACUGACUAUCCUGAUCCAGAUACCGUCACUCCCUGGAUAUUGAAUGUGCUGAGACGCGGUGUUUCGGAGCUUGAGCUAAGCGUCUCUGACUAUCCUUUACCUCCUGAGAUCUUUGUUAGCAAGACGCUGGCGAAGUUGAAGCUAGGAGGGGGAGAUGGUCUCAGUUUCAGCACUGAUGUUAAAAAGGUGUCUCUUCCGAAGCUCAAGACACUUGAGAUUGAAUCUGUUGUGUUUGAAGAAGAUGGUGUUGGGUUUGCGAAGCUUCUCUCCGGCUGUCCUGUCCUUGAGGAGUUGGUUCUGAUGAAUCUAGGGUGGGAACAUUGGAAGUCUUGCUCUGUGUCAGCUAAAACCCUCAGGAAGCUGAAGUUUUUCUGCGAGGAUAAUGAUGAGAAUCCGAAGAGCGUCUCUUUUGAUACUCCGAACCUUGAAUACUUGGAGUAUUCUGACAACAUUGCGAAAAAGUAUCCUAGAGUUAAGUUCAGGUCUCUUGUUGAAGCUCAUAUCAGCCUUAGACUCACUGAAGAUCAGAGUGCAGAUGCAGGCUCUUCAGAAGAAGAUGAAUAUUUAUUUGAAAGUGAUGAUGAUGAUGAGGAGAAAGAGAUGGUUGGUAAUGCGACAAACUUUUUCAAGGGGAUAUGCAAUGUUCAGAUCCUCUAUCUAUCUGCCAAAACACUUGAGGUACUUGCUUUCUGCUGUGAAGCAACACCUGUGUUUAACAACCUGAUCCAGUUAACGGUUGAGAGUGAUGAAGAAAUUGGAUGGGAUUCAUUGCCAGGUCUGCUAAAGAAUUGUCCAAACCUAGAGACACUUGUUUUCAAGGGUCUUGUCCACAAAAGUACUAAAGGAUGUGGGAACAUGUGCCUUUGUAAACCUCUGAAGAAUCCUUCUUGCCUUUCAUCUUCUGCUGUCAAGGUGCUUAAGAUCAUUCUGUCCGUACACAUUGAUGAUGAUGGGAUGGAAGAAGAGCAGAUAAAGCAUUUCUUGGAGAAAAUGCCGCGGCUUGAACAGUUGGUAGUUUACUUCAACGAAUCAUAUGAGCCUUCCGUGUUUGAGUUAUCCAAGAAGCUUCAGAGUGUUCCUACAAUAGCUUCACCAAAGUGCAAUCUCCAAGUAAUCUCACAGAAACUUAGCUUGUCCUCUACUUUGCCUUGUGCCUUGACGAAGAAAUGGUCUGCUCCUCCAAAUAAAGAGUAUACCUGGUUUCUCAAGGCUGUGACCUAAACUCGAAGCUACCAAGGUUUCCUUUUGCUUAUUGUCUUUUGUACACUGCUCAGUAUCUUAGUUUACUGACUGGUUUGUUAUGCUUUUGUUGUACUUUUUGAAAUUGAGGAAGCUAAGUUUAUGUCUUGUGUU